AAACUUUCACCCUCCAUUUACAUCGUUGACAGUACCCUACGCAAUCUCAGCCCAAAUUCGUUUAAGCCUCGUGUCGUCGCCAUUGGACCUCUCCACAAAGAAGAUGAAGAAUUGCAAGAUAUUGAAAGCCAUAAAGUGACAUAUUUGCUUGAUCUAUUUCUUCGUUUACCAUCCAUGCCAAAUCAAAAGAUGGACGAAUGCAUUCAAAGGGUGUAUGCGAAGGUGGAACAAAUCAGGGCAUGUUAUGCUGGGGAAAUGAAGGACUAUGAUGACGGCGAAGUUGCAAAAAUGAUGGUCAUAGAUGGUUGUUUCAUACUUGAAUUCAUUCUCAGGGUCCGUAACCAUAACCAUCCUGACGACGAUCCAAUUUUUUACAAUAAAUUGGUCUAUAUAAAUGUAGCGUAUGACUUGGUCCUGCUAGAAAACCAGAUACCUUUCUUUGUUCUUCAGGACAUCUUUAAGUGCACCAUCUUAGAAUUUUCUCCAUCAUCUUCUCUUCAGAGCUUAGUCUUUUCAUUUCUAAGGCCUAUCUAUCCCUUCGACAAAUCGUAUGUAACCAACAUUAAUGAUGGGGUAGAUACAAAUGAAAGAUGGCCACUCGCCAUGGAAUUUAAAGCAUCGUGGUUGCCAUGCUUUGUUUGGGGGUGGGGUAAGCCUACUCUCAGAAUGCCAGUACUGUUUAUUGAAGAUUACACUGAGUCAGUUUUGAGGAACUUAAUUGCAUAUGAGCAAUGUAGUCCUCUGAGUGAUACUUACAUUACAUCAUAUGCUGUUGCCAUGGAUAUGCUAGUGGAUACUCAAGAUGACAUUGUCAAAAUGGUAGAUUCAGAAGUUCUCAUAAACCAUUUGGGUACUAACCAAGAUGCAGCAAAUAUGAUCAGCAGCAUAUGCGAAAAUGUUAUCCUACGAGAUUUCUACUAUAAUCAACAAUGGAACCAAUUGUAUAGCUACUACAAUGGUUACUGGCCCAAAAAUAUUGCACGACUGAGGCGUACUUAUUUCAGUAGUCCAUGGAAUUUCAUUGCGCUAGUUGCUGGAAUCAUCCUCUUUGGUCUUACUGCCGUUCAAACGUACUAUGCCGUCAACCUGCGACUUGAGAUCUAAUUGGUAGAAACCCAGACCGCAACUCCGAUAAAGUGUGUCACAAUUUGUAUUUUUCGAAGCGUAUCAUGUAGCGUUCUUUACGAAGUGUAUCACAAUAUGUAUUUUUCCUAUAUUCGUUGUUUUAUGAACUAUCACUUUGUG